UUAAACGAAUGGAACAUACUGCAAAGGUACCAAGGCCAAGUUCCAGAGGUGGCAUCUCCCUUGCAAUGGCAUCUGAACUCAUGAGGUCUCCUUACUUGAAUUUCUCUGAUCGGAGGAACCAAUACCAGUCUUUCUCUUCUUCAGAUGAAUCACAUGUAGUCAGGAAAUCCAAGGAGCAACUCUCAGCACAAUGGAAGAUGACUGCAAACUUUGAAGAGUAUGGAAGGGCUAACCGUGGCAUUACCAUUGGGGAUUUGCUUUCCAUGCCUGUCCAGGAAAUAGGGCCUAGAAAUUUUGAUUACAAGCUGGGUAUGCAUUUUCGGCCUAGAAAAAAACCUGUUAGGCAUGAUCCUAAGGACCUGGACCUCAGUAAGUUUAGAGAACAUCAAGAUAGAUACGAAGCUCUCUGUAGUGAGUGGCCUUUCACACCUAAAAGGUCUGUCAAUUGGGCAAAGAGUAGGUCAAGUGAGUACAAAUUUACCCAGAAGGAUGGUUCGAGACCUAUAAAGUUGCGAACCAACAAUAAGAAAUUUCAAUCUAUUCAUAGCCUGAUAUCAGAAGGUAAUCUUAUGGUAGAAAAUACUUACGUGGUUCACAAUGAUCUGAAAAAUGGAGCUGUGCAGGAAGACAGUAAUGCUAAAGAUACUUCAGUCCAAAAGGAAACGUUCAUGAAAGUUGAUGAAGGAAGCACCUUCCCUUUGCACUGCUUCACCGCAUCAGAUUGUAUGGCAAGCUGGGAGGAAGUUUACCAGCCUAGUCCAGUUUCCGUUCUGGACCCACUAUUCAGAAGAGAGAAUACACCUUUGCCAGAAUGUUUGGGGAGGAUCAACGUUGACACCAGUGAGUACUCUGAUACAUGCUCCGAAGGUUCUGGAAUGAUUGUGUCAAGCGACGAUGACACUAAUGAACGAUCUGUGAGCGAGUAUAAGGAAAAUAAUUCAGUGGGAUCAUUCAGAGUUGAAGAAAGUAGAGACUUUUCCUACCUUAUUGAUGUGUUAAUGGAGGCAGGUUUCUAUACUCGGGGAGUAGAAAUGGACUGUGAUACCUGGUGUUUUGAAGAAUGCCCGAUGAGCCUUUAUGUCUUUGAGAGCCUGGAGAAGAAGUUUGGUGAUCAAGUGUCUUGGAAUAGGUCAGACCGGAGGCUUCUGUUUGAUCGUAUAAAUGAUGGGCUAAUAGAGAUUCUCCUGCCAUCUAUGGGUGAACUCAUAUGGAAAAAGCCCAUCUCUAGAAGGAUUAGAACUCAGUGUGGUCAGGAGAUGAUAGAGGAAGAACUGUGGAUGUUGCUUGUUAUCCAAGAAAAGGAAGGAAUGGAAGCAAGAAAGAACUUGGAAGAGAAGCUGCUGAGAAGUGGAAUUGGGAAGUUAGACUUGGGAGAUGAAAUUGAUUUUAUUGGUAGAGAAGUAGAGAGAUUGUUGAUUAUUGAGCUUGUAGAAGAGCUUGUUAGCAACUUAGCACAGAGAGUUUGAAACAGCAGUGAUCUUUUUUUUCCGAUAAUUUUUUUGAAGAGAGUUACAGAAAAGAUAUUUAAGUAGAUGUAGCU